GUACCGUGAGAACCGAUAUGUUCAGUCUCAGGGUUUCAUCAAAACAAUAUAACUGUCAAAAUCUGGAACUCGAAAACUCGGGCUGUUGUGUCGCACAUGGCGCUUGCAGAAAAAUAAAUUUAAAUUGAAUUACUGUUGCAAAUCACAGAGGGAUGACCAGCAUCGGCAAGGAGCACGGCUUCCUCAUCUACCGGGGAAGCAACUUUCUGAAGCAGCGACUGAUCCUAUCAACACUGAGUGGCAAACCGGUGGAAAUCCGUGACAUUCGACUACAGGACGAUGAAAACCCUGGCCUGAGAGAGUACGAAACCGACCUGCUAAAGCUGUUGGACAAAGUCACUAACGGAACGCGCAUUAAGGUGGAUCGAAGCGGUUGCUCGUUCAGCUAUCAACCGGGGCUGCUGCAAGGGGGGUCUGUCCAGCACGAUUGUUGCACCGAGCGAGGAAUCGGAUACUACCUGGACGUGCUGGUAGCUUUGGGACCAUUCUGCAAGCUUCCUCUGGAUGUCACACUGAGUGGAGUGACGAACAGCGCCGAGAGCCCCUCGGUGGAUCACAUCAAGGCUUCUGCUUUCGCGACAUUGAAGCGGUUCCUAUUGGUAGAUGAAGGAAUGGAGUUGACCGUCCGAAAGCGCGGAAUCAUGCCAAGAGGAGGAGGAGAAGUAAAUUUUAAGUGUCCAGUUAGGAAAACGUUGAAGGCCAUCCAAUGCACGAAGCAAAGCAUGGUCAAGCGGAUACGAGGGACGGCUUACUGCUGCAAAGUUUCACCGGCAAUGGCCAACCGAGCAGUGGAAUCUGCCAAAGGCGUUAUGCUGAACUUCUUACCGGAUGUUUACAUCAAUACUGACCAGCACAAAGGCAAGAGGUCGGGCAACAGUCCCGGCUAUGGAGUCAAUUUAGUGGCGGAAACGACCGAUGGAAGUAAAUUUUCGGCGGAAGCAAUUUCGAAAACCUUGGAAGACGGUGGGAACCCUUCGAUCCCGGAGGAUGUGGGACGGGAGGCAGCAAUGAAGCUGUUGGAUGAGAUUUAUCGCGGUGGUUGCGUGGACUCGACAUUCCAAUGGAUUGUGGCCCUGUACAUGGCAUUGGGACAAAAGGAUGUGUCCAAAUUUUUGAUUGGGCCACUGUCGCAAUACUCGAUAUAUUUUUUGCAGCAUUUGAGGGAGUUUUUCGGAAUCACGUUUAAGCUCGAGAAUGCCUCCGGCGAGGAAGAUGAGGAGGAUGAAGCUGAUGACGAUGAAAUGGCCGGAUCUAAUAAAGUCAUGCUAACAUGUGUAGGGAUAGGAUACAGUAAUUACAGUAAAAAGGUUAUAUAGAAGUUAAUAAACUUUGAGGAAACGAAACUAGAAA